CACCCGAGUUCUUCGAUCCGUCCUCAGCCUUUUCAUCUCUCAACUCUCCCCCUGGACGUGAGGGCAGCUUCAAAAGUCCCACACGACUCUACUAGUACGAUUUUACUACGACGACCACCACCCCAAGCUUGACAGCACCCCACCUACCCUCUCCUAGUGCGCAUCCAUCACAUUCGUCAGGAACAAUGCCGCCGACCGAAGAGUCCAAGCCUGUUGACCCGGCCCAGGAGAAGCAGGCCGCCGAGGCUCUUGCUUCCCUCAAGGAAGCUCAGCAGCCCGCCGCCGACGAGUCCGGCUCCGAAGAUGAGGGCGCCGACGGCACCGCCCAGGAGGCUGGAUCCGGCUCCACAAAGAAGAAGAACAAAAAGAAGAGCAAGAAGAAGAACAAGGACAAGUCCGCCUCUACCGAACCCUCUGAUGAGGUGGGCUUGACGGAGGCGCUGGCGCAGGCAGACCCCAAGUCAGCACUCAGCGGCUUGACCCCCAAGCAGAUUCAAGAGUUCAUCGACCUGAACCCCGCCCUUGCCAACGAGCUGCUGGCGGCGUCUGGGAGCUCGGGAACAACCGACGUGAUGGAAGCCUUCAAGAAACUCAAGAUCCAGGACAUCAUCACCGGUCUUGCGAGCAGUGGAAAGAACCGUAAGGACAUGGCGUCAUACAAGUUCUGGGCCACCCAGCCUGUGCCCCAGUUCGACGAGAAACCAGCCAUCUUUGAGGAAGGACCCCUCAAGAUCCAAAAAGUCGAAGACAUUCCCGAUGAGCCGAUCCCACUCAACCUGGCGCCUUUCCGAUGGGUCACCAUGGACCUCACAGACGAAAAGCAGAUGCAGGAGGUCGAGAAGCUCUUGUACGGUCACUUUGUGGAGGACGACGAGGCCAUGUUCCGUUUCAAGUACUCGACCUCUAUUCUCAAGUGGUCGCUCAUGUCUCCUGGCUGGAGAAAGGAAUGGCACGUCGGUAUCCGUAGCGGUGACACUCUUUGCGCUUUCAUCGCUGCCGUUCCUACCGAGAUCCGCGUUCGCGACAAGGUUAUCCAAGGCUCCGAGGUCAACUUCCUCUGCAUCCACAAGAAGCUUAGAGGCAAGCGCUUGGCUCCCGUCCUCAUCAAGGAAAUCACUCGUCGCAUCAACCGUGAGGGUAUCUGGCAAGCCAUCUACACCGGUGGCAUCGUCUUGCCCAGGCCCGUCAGCACUUGCCGCUACUACCAUCGUGCGCUCAACUGGCAGAAGCUGUACGAGGUUGGUUUCAGCCCGUGCCCUUCAAACAGCAAGCCGGCCUUCCAAGUCCGCAAGUACGCCCUUCCGGAACAGACCUCGACCAAGGGACUUCGCGAACUUCAGGUCAAGGAUCUCGACGCGGUACACAGCCUGCUUGAGCGCUACCUGAAGCGUUUCGACCUCACCCCAGUAUUCAACCGGGAGGAAACGGAACACUGGCUCCUUCAUAAGAAGGAUUCUUAUGCCGAGCAGGUCAUCUACUCGUAUGUUGUUGAAGAUGCCUCGGGCAAAAUCACCGACUUCUUCUCCUUCUACCUUCUCGAGUCGACAGUCAUCAGGCACCCGAAGCACAAUUCGAUCCGCGCUGCUUACAUGUUCUACUAUGCCACCGAGACUGCUUUCGCCGAGCCCUUCGACAAGGGGGCUCUCCAGAAGCGCCUGAACGAUCUGAUGGCGGAUGCUCUGAUCCUCGCCAAGCGCCACAACUUUGAUGUCUUCAACGCUCUUUCUCUCAUGGACAAUGCGCUCUUUUUGGAGAAGCAAAAGUUCGGACCAGGCGAUGGCCAGCUUCACUACUACCUAUUCAACUACAAGGCAAACCCCAUCCACGGUGGUGUCGAUAAGAAGAACAGGCUGGAUGAGGAUAACUUGAGCGGUGUCGGGGCCCCAACAACAACGCACAAGCCUCCAGUGCCCACCGUAGCCGAGACCAUCAAGCACCCAGCCUUUCCCACGGCGAUAUGGAACCUCGAGCCCGAUCAAAGUGGCCUCGCUCCGGUCGCCGUCGGGCGCGGCGGGCCCUUCAACGUGAGCUGGGAAAUUCACGGUGAAGGGCCCAUCAAGGUUUUAUUUAUCAUGGGUCUCGGAGGUCUUAAAUCCGCCUGGCAGCGUCAAACCCUCUACUUCGGCCACCAAAAUCGCGACAAGUACUCCGUUCUCCUUAUCGACAACCGCGGCAUGGGCGACUCCGACAAGCCUCUCAUGCGCUACAGCAGCAGCGAGAUGGCCCGGGACUGGAUCGACAUUCUCGUUCACGUCGGAUGGCUUCCCGCCCCGCCUUCCUCCUCGUCCUCGUCCUCCUCUUCUGCCGCCUCCCUUUCAUCACACUCCGGGCCACCCCUCCCCCUCCCCACCGAACGCACCCUCCAUGUAGUCGGCCUCUCCCUAGGCGGCAUGAUCGCCCAAGAACUCGCCUGUCUCAUCCCCACCGCCAUCUCCUCCCUCAACCUCUGCUGCACAGCCGCCGCCAUCGAAAACACCACCACCUUUGCCGAAAACAUCGCCAAUCGCAUCCGCAUGCUCAUGCCCCGGCCCGUCGACCACUCCAUGGCCGACACGGCUCGGCAGCUCUUUCCGCUCUCGUGGCUCGAACAGCCAGACGACUGCGAAGUGCCCGACCCAUCAACCACUCCCAAAUGCGGUCCGCCCAACCCGCGCUCGCCCAAGAUCCCCCGCCCGGCUGGGUCGGAAUAUCUCAAGUUCGAUAGCAACGCGCAAAGGUACGUGGCGCAGGAGAUGCACAAGCGUCUGGACCCGGCCCGCUUUGGGCUCAAGGGGUUUUUGUUGCAGUUGAUUGCGGCGGGAUGGCAUCACAAGUCGGCCGAGCAGUUGCAGAAAAUGGCGGAUGAGGUGGGGAGGGAGAGGAUUCUGGUGAUGCAUGGGACGGAGGAUGGUAUGAUUAGCGUGCCGCAUGGGAGGAAGUUGAUUAAAAUGAUUGAGCCGGAAGUGGGAUUAAUUGAGGAGGGGAUGGGGCAUGCGCCGGUAGUGGAGAGGACGGGGUGGUAUCAUGGGGUAUUGGUGGAGAGGAUUCAAAGGGGGGAGGGGUUGGAUGGGAGAGUUUAGCUUUGGGAAAAGGGGGUAUGGGUGGUGAUUAGAGAGAGAAAGAGGUGAAAGGGGGUCCAGGGCCAUUGGGAUUGGGUUUUGGUGAUGAUGUCGAUCGUUUAUCUGGGGCAAGGAGUUUUGGAGCGUGUUAACUUAGCAUGCAUGCAUUAGGUCCUUUCGGUGGAGCACGCAAGUGUUGGCUAAUAUUAAUCAAUGUGCAGACGAUAUCAAGUCUUGAU